AUGUCUGAAUUCUCGACAGAAGCUUUCGCGCUUCUUGGCGUGGCCAUCGCCGUCAUCUUCUUGAGGACUUAUGCCCGCAUCAGCGCUGUUGGCUUCAAGCGUCUGCAGGCAGAUGAUUACCUCAUGAUACUUAUCAUCUUCACGUACUCUGCCGAAACUGCUUUAGCGUACAGCGUCGGAGCGCAUUGGAAGGGACUCGCCAACAAUGGCAUGACGGACAAAGAGCGAAAGAGUCUGGAUCCAAACAGCGAGGAAUAUUCGACAAGGGUCAACGGAUCGAAGACACAAAUAGCGGGAUGGAUUACUUACAGCUGCCUCGUCCUCUGGCCUGCAAAAGCUGCGAUGUGCACUUUCUACGUGCGCCUUACAGAGGGUUUGCACAAUUUUCGCAAGCGAAUCAUCACGGGUUUCGUUCUGAUUGCGACGACAUGGCUGGCAGUGUUCUUCUCUAUCGUCUUCAGCUGCUUCCCGAUGCGCAAAAACUGGCAAAUAUAUCCAGACCCGGGCAACAUUUGCCAGCCGGCUAUCUCAAAGGUUAACAUAAUCGUCACCGUCUGUCUCAAUGUCAUUACGGAUUUCUACCUGCUAAGCAUACCGAUACCGAUGCUGUGGAGCGCCAGGCUGCCUCUGAGACAGAAACUCGGCCUCAUCGUCCUGUUCUCCGGAGGUAUCUUCGUAACCAUGGCCGGCAUCCUCCGCUGCGUGCUCAUCAUCACGAACCCUGUUACAGGCGCGCAACAAGCAGGUUCCUGGGCCGUCCGCGAGACCUUUGUCGCAAUCGUCACCACCAAUAUCCCGAUGAUCUUCCCCCUACUCCGGCGCUGGCUUACACCCAUCUUUGGAUCCAUCUCGAGUACCCUAUCACGAGGCGGUACCAACAACAAAUACGAUAACCCCAAGCGAUCCGACCUACCGGCGCCUGGGAGCAUCAUGCUUGGAAGUGUGACAGAAGGAAGCAGUAACAAGAAGAAGAAUCGUCCGCCGUAUACGCAAUAUCCGAUUACAGAAAUCACCAGGUCCGGGAGCGAGGAACAUCUAAACAAGUCACCACCUUUGCCGGGAGGCAUCAGUAAGAAUGUGGAAAUCCAUAUCAAGGAGUCUAAAAAGGCCAGUGAGAGAGAUACAUCGAGCACAGACAGCAAUAUCGAGGUCCGAGACGCUUAUUUUACGGUUGAGGUGAAUGGAAUUGAGAGACCCAAAGCAACGAGGAGUAAGAGCUAUCGAGAGAGCAUGAGAUCUACGUUCUCGGUGGGUGGUCAUAGAAGAGGCGACAGCAUUGUAUAA